CUUAGUCCAAUUAAAGAUAUAAAUUUUAUAUAAAAUAAAAUUAUUAAACUAUGAUACAAUUUUUGAGAUAUAAAUAAAAUUUCCUAAUAAUAAUAAAAGAUAUUAAUUUUUUGUUAAAAAGAAAAAAGAUAUUAAUUCCUUAAAAAGAAUAAAGAUAUUAAUAUUUGAUAAACGUGUACAGUUGUAGAAGUACUGUUGGAUAAGAAAUAGGAUAUAGGUUCUCUAGAGAGAGAGGAUCUGCUUCCUAUAUAUAUUCCAACAAAUAAAUGAACUGUUUUUCGAUUCUCCUGGAGUUUUCACUAGUCUUCUUCAUCGUCCCCACCAUAUCCCUCAUCCUCUUCAUUACUCAUCCAAAAUAGAAACCCUAACACCAAUUAUAAGCCUAUAACUAUACUUAAUUACAACAACAAACCCCAUCUCAUCAUUAAUUAUAAAUAUAGAUAUAAGCAUGAGAUUCAAGUUGUUCAAGUCCAAGCCACGUACCCCUCGAGAGCUCAUUCACCACUUUAGAGAUCUUCUUUUGCUUCUUCAUGGGAAGAGAGAGAACCGAGUACACAAACGUCAAGAAAAGAUGGAAGAGCUUUGUAAACGAAUAUCAGAGAUUAAAAUAACUCUGUUUGGUGACGAAGCGGAACCUAGUCAAGAAGCUUGCUCACAACUCACUCAAGAGUUUUUCAAAGAAGAUACUUUUCGUAUUCUUAUACUUUUCAUUCCAACACUUAACUUAGGGUCACGUAUAGAUGCUACUCAUGUGAUUGCUAAUCUACUAAGGCAACAAGUGAAUAAGUCGAGGUUUGUUGGUUUGGAGUACUUGAAAAAUAACUUAGAUAUCGUGGAUAUUCUUCUAUCUGGUUAUGAAGACACAAACGCCAGUGAUGUUACUUUAUCUUAUGGCUCUAUCGCAAGGGAGUGUAUUCGUUAUCAGGAUGUUGCCAAGUAUGUUCUAGACUCACAGCACAUGAAGAAGUUUUUCAAUUAUAUACAAAUUCCAACUUUCGAAAUAUCAUCUGAUGCUGCAUUAACUUUUAAGGAGCUUGUGACUAGACAUAAAUCUACUGCAGCAGAUUUUCUUGCUAAAAAUUAUGAGUGGUUUUUUCAAGAGUACAACUCUAAAUUGCUUGAUUCUUCAAGUAAUUACAUCACCAAAAGGAAUGCUGCCAAGCUUCUAGCAGAAAUACUACUUGACCGAUCAAACACUGGUGUGAUGGUUCGAUAUGUGAGCUCAUUGGAUAACAUGAGAGUCCUAAUGAACCUACUCAGGGAAUCCAAUAGAGGAAUUCAAUUAGAAACUUUUCAUGUGUUCAAGCUCUUUGUGGAUAAUCAAAACAAGCCUGAAGAUAUAGUACUUGUGCUUUUAUCAAAUAAGAGUAAGCUGCUUCGUUUUUUUGAAGACUUCAAUGUGAACAAUAAAGAGGAUGAUGAGCUGUUUUUAGCAGACAAAGAUAGAGUGGUUAACGAAAUUCGUAAUCUUAAACCCAGAAAGCUUCUAUGCAGAGCUAAUAAACAUCACGAGAUUAUCCCAUGUGUAUUAUCUAAGCCUGUGCCACCUCAGCAAAGUUAGUAUCCAUUUUGCUCGAUUUGUGGCUAUGGGUUGUUACUUUAGAAUGCUAGCUUAUUAGUCUUAGAAAAUGUUGUUUUAGUCUUUUUCAUGCUAUAAGUGUAGUAUAAAUAGUAUACAAUUUUGAAUAAGAUAAAUACAAAGGAACACUUUUAAGUAUCAUA